AUGCAUCAGAAUCCUGAGCAUUUGGGAGGAUUGUCGUGUAGUGUCCACUGCCUCGAAGGCUCUCCUUGGACAAAGACGACGUGGGCAAUCUCUAGAUCUUCUCGCGAAGUCCAGAGAUCAAUGAAGUGGGUCGUCGAAUUGUCUCCGGCGGCUAUCACCCGGCGGAGCGGAAAAACGGCGACUUUGCGGCUCUCUGGCGGCUGUCACCCGACGGAGAGGAGCUGGAUGGAGGUGGGGCGCAUGUCAAGGAGCUUCAUCCUCAGGUCCGCGCAGCAAGAGGAGGCUCUUCAUCGCAUCUGGUACGCUCUCAGGAGGUGGCGACUGGUCUCCCGGUGGAUCGUCCUCUUCCCGACGACGGCUUGUUCGUCGAUCAAUCGGAGAUGAUUUACUCGAUGGAUUCGCGAUCCUUUUAUCGCGAAUCGUUCAGCAAUUUUAGUAGCAAUGCUCCGCGAAUCGCGUUGACAAGAUUUUCGCCGAUGAUCCAGCGAUUCUCAUUGCUUAAUCCUUCACCGGCGAUCUGCAAGAAAGUUGCGAUAAUCAAAUAAAAAUAUAUGAAUUUUGACUUUGGGAGGAUUCAAACCCGCACCGGUCGCCCCGCCUCUUCUAAGGAAGGUGUGAUGGGGGUUUAGUCCCACAUCGGUUGUACGCCGAGUUUUCGGGCGAAUAUAUAGUAAUGUUAGCUUUGUGAGCAAAGUCACUUCUCUCGCAUGUACGACCACUCCUUGCCCCACAGCCAGUUGGCCACUGGUGACGUGGAAGGGGAAUGGCGAAUGCGCGUGUCCUGUCGGUUCCCAAGCCAAGCCGCUUGAGCCCCUACUUCACGGCUUACUCCCAGACCACGCUUCCGACCCGCUUGCGGGCCCGGCUGGCCAGCGGGUUCUCCUAUUUUUGCAAUAUUUUUUUUUUAUUUGUUCUUCAUUUAUCUCAAAAGUAAGACUGUAAAAAUCGUAUAAAAUCACAUAAUUACCUAAAAAUUCACGUUAAUCAAUUGAAAACCAAAAAUCAUUCUUUAACAGAAAUAUAAGUCUAUUUAUCAUGAGUUAAGGCUAAAACUAUAUUAUUUACUAAUUAUUAACUCAUGAUAAUGAAGACUUAUCAAUGCCCUAUGCGAUUCAAUAGUUAAUAACAAAUCUAAGGAGUCAAACUCUUGAUAUACAUCUCUAUAUUCGAAUAAUACAUCAUAACACUGUUGAAAUAUAAAUGUAAAUAACAUGUAUUAACCACAUGUGACAAAAAUUUCUAAUAUAUUCUUAAAAAUCAAAGUCACUAGCAAGAUUAAAACACUACACUUUAGCAAUGUAAAGAUAGAAGCAUCAAGACAAAGAAUAUUUGAAAAGUUAAAGGGACAAUGACAUGCAUGGGAUUUAAACUCAAGAAGUAAAAUUUACAAAAGUGAAAAAAACUAUGGCCAAAGUAUUCAAAUCAAAGAAUAGACAAAAUUUGAAAUAAAGAACACUAUAGUGACAACAUGAAAAGAUAGUCAGAUAAUUAGAACAAAAAUAUAUUACUAAUGAAUCAAGGAAAAACUCAAAUCUUAGACCCACAUGGCAACUAAGUUAGACUAUCUACACAAAGUAAAAGAGGUAGAAAAGUCAUUGUCACAUAAUCUCUAUAGUGACAUGGUAAUAUCUUAUGUGGACAAAAUGACAAAGUAUGAAUGAUCAAACUUCAACCUACUUGACGUGACUUAGUUAUUGUAUAGUAAAUCAUGUAAAUUUUAAAUUUAUUAAAUUAGAAAAUAUAAAUUUUUAAAUAUUUAGAAGUAUUUAUGAACAAAUAUAUCAAUUAUAAUUCAAUAAAACUUUCAAAAAUAGUAAUAAUUGUUUCGAUCAAUUACAAAGAUGUAAUAUAAUAUCAAGUAAUUAUUUAAAAUUUUCUUCAAAGAAUACUAUUUUUUAUGAAUUUUAUACUAGGAAAUAAAAAUAAAAUAUAUUUAAAAUUCACGAAAAAGGAAAACAAGGGUGCGGACAUUACGAUGAUGUUAGCACCUAGCGAAUGCGAAUCAAGCAGAAAUAGAGUUCUAUCUAGUGAUUUUACGUAAGUGAUUAAAGACAAUUUAAUUGAUCAAAUUAAGAUUUAUAAAAGCCAAAAGAAUCCUAAUUGAAUGAAGUAUAUCUUAGUAAACUUAAAUCAAAUAAAUUAUUACUAAAUGAAAUGAAAAUUAAGUUAAAAGUAAGAAAAUAGAGUUUCGGCAUUACAAUAGUGAUGCGUCGGUGAUGCACUGGAAUUCUAAACAUUCGAGAGGAUUAUCAUAUAGUGUCCAUGGCCUCGAAGGCUCUUCUUGGACAAGGACUACAUGGGUAAUCUCUAGAUCUCCUUGUGAAGUCAUAAAAUGGGUCGUUGAAUCGUCUCUAAUAGCUAUCACUCGGUAAAGUAGAAAAAUGACGACUUAGUGUCUCCGACGACUGUCACUCGAUAGAGAGGAGUUGGAUAAAGGUAGGGUGUAUCUCAAAGAACUUCAUCCUUAAGUCUGCACAUCAAGAGGAGGCUCUUCAUCGCAUUCAGUAUGCUCUCAAGAGGUGGCGACUUGUCUCCUAGUGGAUUGUCUUCUUCUUGACAAUGAUUUGUUCGUCAAUCAAUUAGAGAUACUUUACUUGAUGGAUUCACAAUCUUUUUAUCACGAAUCAUUCAAUAAUUUUAGUAAUAAUAUUUCACAAAUCAUGUUUAUGAGAUUUUCGUCGAUGAUCUAACGAUUUUGGUGGCUUAAUCCUUCACCAACGAUUCAAAAGAAAGUCGUGAUAAUUAAAUUAAAAAUAUGAGUUUUUGCUUUAGGAAGAUUCGAACUUGUGUUGAUUGCCCACUUGUAUGAGAGAUUAAAAUAAGUACUUUAAUACUCUUAUCAAAUGAUGUCAUCAUGAUAUAUCAUUGUUAUAAAUAAGGGAUAUUGUAAGUAUUAAAAUCAUCAAAGCCUUUCUAAGAAAGGUGUGAUGCGGAUUUAGUCCCACAUUAUUUGUGCGCCGAAGUUUUAGGCAAAUAUAUAGUAAUAUUAUAUUUACAAUUAAGUCACUUUCUCUCACAUAUACGACCACUCCUUGCCUCACAGUCAGUCGGCCACUACUUAUACUCUUUAUCUUCAAAGUUGAAUUAGAGUAAUGUCACUAAACUUAUUAUUUAGUUCACUAACUCAUGAUAAUGAAAACUUAUCACUACUAUUAAGAAUAAUAUAAUUUAUUGAAAUAACAUAAAUCUUAAGAUAGAAGUUUUGAAGACUACAUAUGAGAAACUUACAUGUUUCAAAGUAAACAAAUACUCAAGGUUAACCUCACCUCUAGAUAAUAACAAAUUAUCAGACUUCAUGAACUAAAUAAUAAGCUCAGUGACAUUAUUCUAGUUCAACUUUAAAGACAAAGAUGUCUAUUGACCAGUUGAGGAUCUCUAAACACAAUAUUAAGUACAACAUACUUAUGAGCAAAAAGAAUUUAGUUGAAGUAUGAAUGAAUGUCAAAAGUGUAAAUUAUGAAUUAUAGAUGAUAACUCAUCUGUAAAAGACGUAGACUAAAGACCAGCAAAAUGAUCUCUUCUAAGUAAGCCAUUGAAAGAAAAUCUCGAAGUGAAAAAUAGUUGAAGGUUAUUGGAGUGCCAACAAAAUAAUAGAAAGAUAUUCAAAUCAAUAUGACCAUUUUUAGACAUUGAAAUAAUAAAAUAUCUAUUAGUAUAAAGAGAUCAAGUUGAAAAGGAACAAAGUUAACACUAAAUAAAAAAAAAAUCAUCUACAUUACUCACAUGAUCUCAAAAAGACCUACUUUAUACUCUACAAUAAAGUGACUACAUAUUCAAAGAUAUGAUUCAAAGUCUCAUUGACGUGACUUAGUCAUUUUGUAGUAAAUAACGCAAACUUAAAAUUUAUAAAACUAGAAAAUAUGAAUUUUUAGAUAUUUAGAAGUAUUUCUUAACAAAUAUAUUAAUUAUAAUUUAAUAAAUAUUUGAAAAAAAGUGGUAAUUUUUAGGUCAAUCAAAGGAAUAUAAUAUAAUAUCUAGUAAUUAUUUAGAAUAUUCCUCAAAGAAUACUAUUUUCUAUAAAUUUUAUACAAAGAAAUGAAAAGGAAAUAUAUUUAAAAUUUACAAAAAAGAAAUAUUAGGGUACAAACGUCAAGAUGACGUCAACACUCGACGAAUGUGAAUCAGGUAGAAAUAGAGUUAUGCUUGAUGAUUCUUAUGUAAAUAAUUACAAAUAAUUUAAUUGAUUAAAUUAAGAUAUGUGAAAAUAGAAAGAAUCGUAAUUAAAUAAAAUAUAUCUUGAUAAAUUUAAAUCACACAAAUUAGCACUAAAUGAAGCAGAAAGUAAGUUGAAAGUAGGAAAUUAAAGUUCCGAUGUCGCGGCGACAAUGCGUCGGUAAUACACCAAAAUCUUGAGCAUUUGGAAGGAUCGUCAUGUAGUGUCCACCAACCUCGAAGGCUCUCUAUGGACAAGGAUGACAGGGGUAAUCUUUAGAUCUCCUUGUGAAGCUUAGAGAUCAAUGAAAUGAGUCAUUGAAUCGUCUCCAAUAGUUGUCACCCAACGAAGCGGUAGAAUGAUGACUUUGUCUCUAACAACUGUCACUUGAUGGAGAAGAGCUGGAUAGAGGUGAGAUGCAUGUUAGAAAGCUUCAUCCUCAGGUCCGCAUAAUAAAAGGAGGUUCUUCAUCUUAUUUGGUAUGACUCUCAAGAGGUGAGAACUUGUCUCUUAGUAGAUCGUCUUCUUUCUUACGACGACUUAUUUGUCAAUCAAUCAGAAAUACUUUACUCAAUAGAUUUGUGAUCCUUUUAUCACGAAUCGUUCAAUAAUUUUAGUAACAAUGAUCUGCGAAUCGCAUUGACGAGAUUUUCGCCAAUGAUCUAGCUGUUUUGGUGACUUAAUCCUUCACUAGCGAUUUGUAGGAAAGUCAUGAUAAUCAGAUAAAAAAUAUGAGUUUUGACUCUAGGAAGAUUCGAACCUACACCGGUUGCCCAACUAUAUGAGAAAGAGUGACAUAAGUACUCUAAUGCCCUUAUUAAAUGAUGUCAUCAUGGUAUAUCAUUAUUAUAAACAAGGGAUAUUGUAGGUAUUAAAAUUAUCAAAAAUUUUAUAGAGAAGGUGUGAUGCGGGUUUAGUCUCACAUCAUUUGUGGGCCAAAGUUUCAGGCAAAUAUAUAGUAAUAUUACAUUUGCAAUCAAGUCCCUUUCUCCCACGUGUACGACCACUUCUUGCCCCACAACUAGUUGGCCACUAGUGACAUGGAAUGGGAGUGACACACAUAUGCCUCUAUUAGUCCUAGCUACUCAAGCCCUUGCUCACGGCUCCUUCCUAACUACACUUCUGACUUGUUUGCGGGCCCGACUAGUUGGCAAGUGCCCCCCAUUUUGCUAUAUAUUUAUUUUUAUUUCUUUUUUUUUAUUUAUCUCAAAAAUAAGAUAAUAAAAAUCAUAUAAAUUUAUAUAAAAUCACAUAAUUAGCUAAUAAUUUAUGUUAAUCAAUCGAAAACUACUUUUCACACUUUAACAUAAAUAUAAGUCUAUUUAUCAUGAGUUAAGUCUAAAACUAUAUUAUUUAUUAAUUAUUAACUCAUGAUAAUGAAGACUUAUCACUCAUCCUACAUAAUCUUUUAGAGUAACUUAUUAACUAAAUAGUUAAGAUGUAGAUUGUUUCUCUCCAUUAGGUCCAAGGUAACUGAUAAGUCUUCAUUAUCAUGAGUUAAUAAUUAGUAAAUAAUAUAGUUUUAGCCUUAACUCAUGAUAAAUAGACUUAUAUUUGUGUUAAAGCAUGAAAAGUGGUUUUCAGUUGAUUAACGUGAAUUUUUGGGUAAUUAUGUGAUUUUAUACGAUUUUUACAGUCUUAGUUUUGAGAUAAAUGAAGAACAAGAAAUAAAAAUAAAAAUAUUGCAAAAUGGGGGAUCCGCCGGCCAGCCGGGCCCGCAAGCGGGUCGGAAGCGCAGUCGGGGAGUAGCCGCGAGCGGGGCUCGAGCGGCUUGCUUGGAUCGAUAGGGGCACGUGUGCGCCACUCCCCUUCCACGUCACCGGUGGUCAGCCGGCUGUGGGGCAAGGAGUGGUCGUACACGCGAGAGGAUUUUGCCUACAAAGCUAACUUUACUAUAUAUUCGCCCAAAUAAUCCGCGCACAACCGAUGUGGGACUAAACCCGCGUCACACCUUGUUCAGGGGCGGGCGACCGCCGCAGGUUCGAAUCCUCCCAGAGUCAAAAUUCAUAUAUUUUUAACUGAUUAUCGCGACUUUCCUGCAGAUCGCCGGUGAAGGAUUAAGCAACCGGAAUCGCUGGAUCAUCGGCGAAAAUCUCGUCAACGCGAUUCGCGGAGCAUUGCUACUAAAAUUUCUGAACGAUUCGCGAUAAAAGGAUCGCAAUCCAUCGAGUAAAUCAUCUCCGAUUGAUCGACGAACAAGCCGUCGUCGGGAAGAGGACGAUCCGCCGGGAGACCAGUCGCCACCUCCUGAGAGCGUACCAGAUGCGAUGAAGAGCCUCCUCUUGCUGCGCGGACCUGAGGAUGAAGCUCCCUAACACGCGCCUCACCUCCAUCCAGCCCCUCUCCGUCGGGUGACAGCCGCCGGAGAGCCGCAAAGUCGCCGUUUUUCCGCUCCGCCGGGUGACAGCCGCCGGAGACGAUUCGACGACCCACUUCAUUGGUCUCUAGACUUCGCGAGAAGAUCUAGAGAUUGCCCACGUCGUCUUUGUCCAAGGAGAGCCUUCGAGGCCGUGGACACUGCACGACGACCCUCCCGAACGCUCAGGAUUCCGGUGCAUCGCCGACGCGUCGCCGUCGCGACGCCGGAACUCUGUUUUCCUGCUUUAUCUAGAGAUUGCCCACGUCGUCUUUGUCCAAGGAGAGCCUUCGAGGCCGUGGACACUGCACGACGAUCCUCCCGAACGCUCAGGAUUCCGGUGCAUCGCCGACGCAUCGCCGUCGCGACGCCGGAACUCUGUUUUCCUGCUUUCAAUUUAAUUUACGCUUCAUUUAGUGAUACUUUGUUGAUUUUUAUUUACCAAACUAUACUUCGUUCAAUUACGAUUCUUCCGGCUUUUACAGAUCUUAAUUUGAUUAAUUGAGUCGUCUGUAAUCGCCUACGUAAGAAUCGCCGGGUGGAACUCUGUUUCCGCCUGAUUCGCGUUCGCCGGGCGCUGACGUCAUCCUGAUGUCCGCACCCUUAUUUCCUUUUCUUUUUGUGAAUUUUAAAUAUAUUUACUUUUUAUUUCCUAGUAUAAAAUUCGUAAGAAAAUCUUACUCAUUGAGAAAAAUUCUGAAUAAUUACUAGAUAUUAUAUUACAUCCCUGUGAUCGACUUGGAAAAUUACCGCUAUUUUUGGAAUUUUUAUUGAAUUAUAAUUGAUAUAUUUAUUUUGAAAUACUUUUAAAUAUCCGAAAAUUCAUAUUUUCUAGUUUUAUAAAUUUUAUAUUUGCGUGAUUUAAUAUACAAAGACUGAGUCACGUCAGUAACCUAUGUGGUGAGUAGAGGGAAUAUAAGGAUAAGGAACAAGGUAUUAAGAAUUAAUAUCUACAAGUGUAGAAUGUUGGUAUUUGAGGAAAACUAUAUCUUGACUUAAGCAUAUAGUGUUGUGAGUUAAUGCAUACAAGUGAGGGGUAAGAUCUUAGUGGAGAUUAAACAAUAUUGUUUGGGAGAGUUGACUCAUAAAGUCAGCCAUAUUUAUGUUGAGAAAUACUAAAAAUCCAAUAUGGAGAUCUUUCAAAAUUGAAUGUAGCCCAAGGAAUGAUAAACAAGUAUUAAAUAUGUCUAUUAUUGUCAUGCAUGAGAGAAAAGAACCUAAGUGACCUCGUAGUCAAAGGAAGAGAUUUAGGUCUAGUUGUAUAUAGAUUAGACAGAUCGUGUUAUAACAUGCAUUCACACACACACACACACAUAUGUAUAUAUAUAUAGAUGUGUAGCAAAUCAGAAGAAAAAUGUAGGAUAUCAAUUAAUCCCUCCCUCCUAUUAGUACUUCACUUAGUCACAUUGAACUCAACAAUUAAUAUUAGAGCCCACCUCGAUCAAUACAUAUUAAAGCAUCUUAGGGUGUAAAUCCUAUGACUAUUGAAAUAAAAAAAUCUUCAAAGCCCAAAUCAUCUAUGUUUGAUGGAAUGAAUUAUGUAUUUGGAAUAUUAGAGUUAGAAUCUAUGUGACAAGUCAAGGAUUAAAAGUGUCUUUGAGUUCAACUAAACACAAUUAAUGUUUUUGAGUUUAACUGUGUAUUCAAUUGUGAAAUAGUGAAUGAGAUAUGUGAUAAAUUAGAACAUAUGAAUGUGACGAAAACUAGGAUCAACACCCUAGUGUGAAGAUAUGAAUCAUUUUACAUAAAAGAAAGAGAAUUCAUUACUGACCUUGUCAAGAGAUAUGAUGAUAUCAUAAAUACUAUGAGAAAUAUAAGCAAGGUAUUCCAUAAUAGAGACAAACUGAAAGCUAUUACCUACAUUAAUAAUGAAUGGCUAAGAAAGCCACAAUCAUAGAAUCAAAGAAUCUGAAGAUUAUCUCCUUAGAUUAAAUUGUUGGUUCACUCCUAACUCAUGAAAUAGAUGUGAUUAGAAAUAGAGUCCUUGUUGGAAGUAUAUUUCAUGGCUAGAACUUCAAAGGUAUGUGAUGUCAAUGACUCUCCCUCAUAUUUGUAAGACGAUUUAGAUGAACUCAUUGAUGCUUUUGAAGAUAUUAGACAUAAAUUGAAAGUAUUGCAACAAAAAACCUCAAACUUAAAGAGUAAAAUUAUUCAUUAGAAAACAAAAUAAGGAAUAGUACUAUCCUUACCAAAAUAGUGGAAAAGGAGAAUGAAAGUCUUAUAGAGAAAUUAGUAGAUUAUAAAAGGAACUUGAAGAUACAUCAUCUCAACUUGAUAUUCUCACUGUCACCAAAGAAAAAUAAAAUUGAGUCUUUAUGACAACAAAAAUAUCAUAAGCACAUAAUGAGAUUAUGACCCAAAGAUCUAAGAAAAUCUUAUCUUUUCAGGCCACAAAAUGUUGAAUACAUGAGUGUGUUAUCAUAGAACUAAACAUAGACAAUCUUGAGCUAAGAACAAAAAAUGAGAAUCUAAGUAAAUAGAUCAAACAAUCAAUUCAAAAGGACCAAAAACUAAAAAAGAAAUUAUUUGAUUUGAUGUUAUACUACAAGAAAGUGUGUGGAAGUCAUAAGGAAUUAGAUAUGAUGUUAGGAAGCUAUAACAUAUCUUUUAUAAAUGGACUAUGUUAUAAUCUGAAAUCACUAGGGAGUGAUUAAUGGAACUAGACUAGUUAGUAGAACUAGAGUUGGACCAAAAGCAUGAUUUAUCUAGGUACCUAAGGGUAAGAAAGAUAAACCCAAAGUAAUUUGGGUUCUGCAUCUAAUAACUUUAUUAUGUUUUUCAAGGGGAUAUCUUGUGAACCAUCUCACAGUGAUAUUUGGACAGCGGGUGUUCAAGGCACAUAAUUGAAGAUUAGAGUUGACUCUCUACAUUCAAGUCAAUGGAUUGAGGAGAAGUCACAUUUAGGGAUGACAAAAUAGAAAAUAUUCAUGGGUAUGAAGAUGUUCGAUUAAAUGAUAAAUCUGUUGUCAAAAUGUUCUUAUUGUUGAUUAACAUUUGUCAGCUAUUUGGUAAUAACAUUGAAGUUUGAUUUAGACUAGACAUGUGAUAACUACAUCAAAGGAAACCAGAUUAGAGAACAUUUAAAAUUGAAGCAACUUAUUCAUCUUAUAUUUAUUUGGUCCAAAUCAAAUUGUUAGCUUUGAGGAAAGAAUUAUUGUCUUGUCAUUGUUGAUUUUUUUAUAUUUACCUAGGUAAGUUUCUUUUGCACAAGAAUGAAAUAUUUAAUUUCUUCAUGAAAUUUUUAAAGAGAAUACAAAUUGAAAUAGAUACACUAAUUAUAAAUAUCAAAAGUGAUCAUGGAGGAGAAUUCAAAAAUAAUAUAUUUUUGAAAUUCUAUAAUGAACUAAGAGUCACGAAUGAAUUCUAAACCCUUGUAACUCUCUAUCAAAAUAGAGUUGUAGAAAGAAAAAAUAAAAUAUUAUUUGACAUAUUUAGGACAAUGAUAGUUCAAAGUAAUUAAUAAAUCUUCAUUAUCAUGAGUUAAUAAUUAAUAAAUAAUAUAUUUUUAGCCUUAACUCAUGAUAAAUAGACUUAUAUUUAUGUUAAAUUAUGAAAAGUAUUUUUUAGUUGAUUAAUAUGAAUUUUUAGCUAGUUAUGUAAUUUUAUAUGAAUUUAUAUGAUUUUUAUAGUCCUAUUUUUGAGAUAAAUAAAGAAUUAUAUAUAUAUAUACAAAAGGAAAGACUGACGUGACUUAAUCAUUGUAUAUUAAAUCACGCAAAUCUAAAAUUUAUAAAACUAGAAAAUAUGAAUUUUUGAAUAUUUAGAAGUAUUUCUAAAUAAAUAUAUCAAUUAUAAUUCAAUAAAACUUCCAAAAAUAGUGAUAAUUUUUCAAGUCGAUCACAGAAAUGUAAUGUAAUAUCUAGUAAUUAUUCAGAAUUAUCUCAAUGAAUAUGAUUUUUAAUAAAUUUUAUACUAGGAAAUAAAAAGGAAAUAUAUUUAAAAUUCACAAAAAAGGAAAAUAAGAGUGCAGACGUUAGGAAGACGUCAGCGCCCGACGAACGCGAAUCAAGCGAAAAUAGAGUUCUGCUCAACGAUUCUUAUGUAAGCAAUUACAGACAAUUUAAACGACUAAAUUAAGAUCUAUAAAAGCUGAAAGAAUCGUAAUUGAACAAAGUAUAUUUUGGUAAAUUAAAAUCACAAAAAUUAUCACUAAAUGAAGCGUAAAGUAAGUUGAAAGUAGGAAAAUAAAGUUCCAAUGUCACGACGGCGAUGCAUCGGUGAUGCAAUGAAAUCUUGAGCGUUUGGGAGGAUCGUUGUGUAGUGUCCAUGGCCUCGAAGACUCUCUUUGGACAAAGAUGACAUGGGCAAUCUCUAGAUCUUCUCGCGAAGUCUAAAGAUUAAUGAAAUGGGUCGUCGAGUCAUCUCUAAUGGCUGUCAUCCAGCGGAGUAGAGAAACGGCGACUUUGCGGCUCUCCAGCGGCUGUCACCCGACAGAGAGGAGCUGGAUGGAGGUGGGGCGUUUGUCAGGGAGCUUCAUCCUCAAGUUCGUGUAGUAAGAGAAGUAUCUUCAUCGCAUCUGUUACUCUCUCAAGAGGUGGCGACUAAUCUCGCAGUAGAUCGUCAUUUUCUCAACGACAGCUUGUUCGUCGAUCAAUCAGAGAUGAUUUACUUCAUGGAUUCGUGAUCCUUUUAUCAUGAAUCAUUCAACAAUUUUAGUAGCAAUACUCUGCAAAUCGCAUUGACGAGAUUUUCACUGAUGAUCUAACGAUUCUCGUUGCUUAAUCCUUCAUUGGCGAUCUAUAAGAAAGUCACGAUAAUCACAUAAAAAUAUAUGACUUUUGAGUCUAGAAGGACUUGAACCCACGCCGAUCGCCUGCCUCUUUUGAGGAAGGUGUGACGCAGGUUUACUCCCACAUUGGUUGUGUGCUGAUUUUUUGAGCAAAUAUAUACUAAUGUUAUAUUUCUAAGCAAAAUCCCUUUUCUCACGUGUACGACCGCUUGUUGUCCCACAACCGGCUGGCCACCGGUGACGUGGAAAGGGAGUGGCGCACAUGUGCCCCUAUUGGUCCAAGCUGCUCGAGCCCCUACUUGUGGCUACUCCUUGAUUGAGUUUCCAACCCCUUUGUAGGCUCAGCAAGUCGAUCGGUCUCCCUCAUUUUGUCUUAUAUUUAUUUUAUUUUUUUUUCUUCAUUUAUCGCAAAAACAAGACUAUAAAAAUCAUAUAAAUUCAUAUAAAAUCAAUGAAUAAGAAAGAUAUAAUAUAAUAUUAGAUAAAAUUUCAAAUUUUUCUUCAAAGAAUAUGAUUUUUUAUAAAUUUUAUUCUAAGAAAUGAAAAUAAAAUAUAUUUAAAACUCACCAAAAAGAGAAAUAAGGGUGCGGACAACAAGAUGACAUCAAUGCCUGAUGAACGCAAAUUGAAUAGAAAGAUAGUUUCAUCUAACUAUUCUUAUGUAAGUGAUUAUAUAUAAAAGUCGGAAGAAUCGUAAUUGAAUAAAGAAUAAUUUGAUAGAUUUAAAUCACACAAAUUAUCACUAAAUGAAAAAAAAAUUAAGUUGAAAAUAAAAAAAUAGAGUUUCGACAUUGCAGUGGUGAUGUGUUGGCGAUGCAUCAAAAUUCUAAGCAUUCAGAAGGAUCAUCUUGUAGUGUCCAUAGCCUCGAAGGCUCUCCUUGGACAAAGAUGAUGUAGGCAAUCUUUUGAUCUAUUUGCGAAGUCUAGAGAUCAAUGAAAUGAAUCGUUGA